GGACACAGAUUUUUAUUACAGAGAGAUAAAAAAAAAGACCAAAAGAAAAAAGAGAAGAGAGUGAAAGGUCAAACUUUAUCAAUGGCGUGGGUCAACGGUUGAUAACCCUCUUUCUCUCCUUUUUUUUAAAAAUCUCUAAAUUCUCUCUCUUUCUUUAGCUAUCUUUGAAUUUCACUCGAAGGGUUCUUAAAAAAAUUAUUUGAUAACAAAGUAGCUUCUUUUUAUUGGGAAUUCUGGGAUUCUUUCUCAAGUUUGCUGAGAGAGAAAGAAAUGGCACAACGAUCUCAUGUACCCAAGUUUGGCAAUUGGGAGGGUGAAGAAGAUGUUCCUUACACAGCUUAUUUUGACAAGGCUCGUAAGGGUCGAACCGGAGGGAAGAUUGUGAAUCCGAAUGAUCCCCAAGAGAAUCCGGACUUGCGUCGUGAUUAUGUGGCUCCAAAUAAAGCUCCUCCGGCUCCGAGAACGAAACCGGAAGCAGAUGAACUGGUAGGAGAUGGACCUGUUAGAAGGGGACAUGAGCGUGGAAGGAGCAGGGAUGAAGGUGACUUCAAACAGUACGCCGGCUCUCCGGUACGUCAUGACAAUGUCAACCGUAGAGCUCUGGGGGACAGUACACCUACACGUUAUGGUCGUGAGGCUCCUAGACAAGGUACGAGACCAAAGGUUGGAUCCGAAAACAGCAUAGAGAAGUCACCACUCCAUCACCAGGCUCGGGUUGCAGGGAGAGGUACCAUGGCAUCACCUGCAUAUGAAGCAAAGACUUUGUACGAUAGUAGCCACGGCACUCCCGGGAGAUCCAAAAUGAGGCCAAAUACUCGAAGCGAUGAAAGUCCUGAUGAAGGUGCUGCUGUUCCGAAAUUCGGUGAUUGGGACGAGAAUAAUCCGGCAUCAGCUGAUGGUUAUACUCACAUUUUCAAUAAGGUGCGAGAAGAGAGGAACAAUGGGGGCAAGACACCAGGCAUGCCAGGUGAGCAAUCUCCGUACCGUACCACUCGGAACCGGAAACAAGCUAACAGCAAUGCUAAGAGUUGCUGCCUUCCAUGGUGCCGAAAAUGAGUCCAGUCGAAUACUGUAAAUACAUCGAAGGCUCCUUCGAAACAGAGUAAUCUCUUUCAAAGCGAGGAUUAUUAUAUCCACUUGUGUGCCUUUUCUCUUUGAUGAUAAACACUGUAUUCUAUUUGGUGAACCUUUUUCUUUCUCGGUUAUUUUAUCGGUGUUGAACUUCCUUUUUUCGUUCGUUAUGUUAUUAUCCGGCACUUGGGUAAGCAUAGAGUGCAACUAGUGUUUAGGUCUUAAAAUCUAAGUUUAGUGUCUGGUGGUUCUCCAUGUUCAAUUUAAUGUAAACUAAGCAUUGAAUGUAGUCAAAUAAUUAACAAAUAUUUUGAAGAAAUGUGUAUGUAACUUGUGUUUUGCUAGUUUAA